CUACUCCAUCUCUUCUCAUAAAUUCCAAACAAUAUUUUUUUCCUUACACUCUACCUUUUAUUAUCAAACCUCAAUAGAAAGUAUUGAUUACACAUGCAACAUCAAAGCUUGUAAGAACAAGCAUGAGCCAGCGCCAAAGGUUUAAUUCCUUAGGGGCAAUUCCCUUCUCAUGGGAGAACCAACCAGGAGUGUCGAAGGCGAUACAAGAGAACGAUAACAAGCCGAAAACAGCUCCUAAGAUCAAGCUAAGACCUCCUCCAUGUCCACUUGAUAGCCCGAAGGCGACGAAACCUACUAUAUAUAUUCCGCUUCCACCGUGUCCCUUUCAACCUACUCCGAUGAGGUACAGUGAGCUUCGACGAGAAGAUGAUCCUUUUCUUGCUGCUUAUAUGAAGUGCACGAAGAGCGGGAAGCCGGAGAAGGAGAGGAAGAGAAGUGGUGGUUUGUGGAAGGAUGGUUUAGGGUUAGGGUUAGGGUUUUCAUGCAUGCAUGGUUGUGGUGUUAGGAAUGAUAGCAUGGUGAAGGUUUCACAAGUUCCUUCUUGUCUUGGUAGGAAGAGUAGUUACCUUUCAGUGAAAGAGAUGAAAGAAUGGUAUAAACCCUAGGUUUAGUUCAUUCACUCUUUGAAUUUUUUUUUAAGGAUUAUACAUGAAGAAUAAUUGUCUAAUUUUUAUCUUAUGGAUGAAGAAGCUCAAUAAUUUUCUUCUUUUUUUUCAUUUAAGUGAAUUGAAAA